AUGAGCCUUGUCUUAAACACCAGUUUGGAGAGGCACGAUGGUCUGAAUGGGUUGCCAGUUGACCAUCUGGCUGGAUUUGGGAUUAGGAAUGUCACCCAGGAGCAGCCAGGAGCCGGGGACAGCGAUCUAGAUGUGAACACUGACAUCUAUUCCAAGGUGGUCGUCACUCUGCUGUACCUCGGCCUCUUCUUCCUUGGCUCACUGGGAAACUCGAUCACUCUGCACACCCUGGUCAGGAAGAAGACUUUGCAGAACUUACAGAGCACCGUGCAUUACCACCUGGCCAGCCUGGCUUUCUCGGACCUCCUCACCCUGUUCCUGUGCAUGCCCAUCGAACUCUACAACUUCAUCUGGGUGCAUCACCCCUGGGCGUUCGGAGAUGCCGUCUGCCGGGGUUACUAUUUCCUCCGGGACGCCUGUACCUACGCCACAGCGUUCAACAUCGCCAGCCUGAGCAUCGAGCGCUACUUGGCUAUCUGUCACCCUUUCAAAGCCAAGACCUUGAUGUCCACCAGUCGCACCAAGAAGCUCAUCUCCAUGAUCUGGCUCCUGUCAUUCCUGCUGGCCACCCCGAUGACAUUCACCAUGGGUGAAAAAUACGCGACCACCGUCCCUGAUCCAAAUGAUUUGAUCUGCACCACUAUUGUGGACGAAUCGACUGUCAAAACAGUCAUCCAGGUGAAUGCAUUUCUCUCCUUUGUUAUACCCAUGGUAAUCAUUUCAGUCCUGAAUACAAUCAUCGCCAAUCAGCUAAUAGCGAUGUUCAAACAAGCAGCUCAAGAUGGCCAGAUAUGCACAAUUGAAGGACAGCAGACCACACUAAGCAUGUCAGUGGAGCCAAGCCGUGUCCAGUCUCUCCGACAUGGGGUCAAAGUUCUCAACUUAGAAUGUCUUCCGGGGGCUUACCAUCACAAAGUAGACAAGCGUGUGAGACAAUUCAGCAUCCGUGAGUCAAGUUUCAGUAUGAGGAAAGUUCCAGCAAUCCUCAAGGCCAGCCUGAAAGACAAGAUAAAAGAGCUGGUAAAGAAGGAAGUGAUCAAGAAAGUAAUCAUUCCUACAGAAUGGAUCAGCUGCAUGGGAGCCACAAAACAACAUUGA